AGUCUUUCCACCAUAGAGUUUUUAAUCAGUAACUAAGACUCGUAUAAAUUAUAACAGAAAAGUUAAACAACAUAUAUUCAAAAAAUGGGUGCUACUAAUAGUAAGCCUCAGUCUGCAGAAAUGGUCAAUCCCCAUCCAUUCCAAGUCACUCGUGAGGUGCUGGAGCGCCUUGACCAGGCCAGGGAGGAAAUGGAAAAGACUCCAAAACGAUCUGCCCUAUGCGAGCAGUGCAAAAAGCAGUCCCUGUCGGCUUCCAGUUCGGGUGAUGCUCCAUCCACUUUGGAGUACCAGUCGAAGGAUGAUCCGGAGGUGGAACAAGUGGCCUGGCCCUGGAGAAAGCGCGCAAUGGAGAUGGAGGAGGCCCAAUUCGAAGAAUCAUUGAAGCGUGUAAAAGAGAUCUUUGGUACCCAGGUGAAGUGGUCGCAGGAUAUCGAAGGCGAAAUCAACGAGAUGGAGAAGCAACUGACCACUUGCUACAGGGAGAAUCCCUACGAGACCCUCCAGUGUGAACCGCUGGCCAAGCAGUAUCAUUCAUUCAUUUUUACCAACCACUUCAAAGCAAUCUCAAAGCUGGAACCGAAAGAUACGAAGCCGAAAUCGUCUCGGGUGCCCAAAGAGCUUGUACAGAUCGGAGCUAAUAAGGAGAACAGCUCGGAGACAUUUUUGGAUUAAGAGAACAGACCAAGAACGAUGCAAGUCCCUGACAUAUUCCGACUAUUGAUGCCAAAACACUGUCCAAUCACAUUCAAUCAUAUUAAUUAUAGCUGAACACAUAAAUUUGACCAACCAAACACCACAUUGCACAGAUGACUUCAAUUAUACUCGCAUCAGUUCUAUUUAAUUUUAAAUAAAAUGUGUUAAACGCAA